AUGUUUCGUUUUCUCUGUUCAAGACAGCUACUACCACUCAAACACAGGAGAACCCAUUUGGGUUUUCUUCAGCAAAAUGGUUUCUUUAUUGUCAAAUCGUUUACAUCAGUAGGUAGGUUACCUGAAUCUAAUCAAAACCCAGAAGAAGAGGAAAAACAUUCUUUUGCUGUCUCUUACCUCAUAAACUCUUGUGGGUUGCCCGCAAAAUCUGCAAUUUUAGCCUCCCAGAGGGUACUAUUUCAGAGCCCAGAGAGACCAGACUCAGUGCUGAAUCUUUUCAAAGAGAAUGGAUUCAGCAAUGACCAGAUCUCCCACAUCGUUAGGAAGCAUCCCCCGGUUCUUUUAUCUGAUCCUGAGAAGACCCUUUUGCCCAAGAUUGAGCUUUUGCGUUCCAUAGGGGUUUCGAGCUCUGAACUCAUUACCAUCCUCUCGUCAAACCCAUUUCUGUUCAAAAGCAACUUAAAGAAACGUCUUAUCCCCUGCUAUGAUUUCCUCAAGAGUGUACUUCUUGUUGACGAGAAAGUCCUGAAAACCUUCAAGCGCUCACCACGGUCUUUUCUAUGUGAUGAAACGAAUACUAUGGCUCCUAACAUUGCACUUUUGAGACAACUUGGAGCGCCUCCAUCUACAAUCUCUUUCCUGGUAACUAAUUAUCCCCCUGCAGCGUUUACAAAGCAUGCUAAGUUUGUUGAGGUUGUUCACCAGGUUAUGGAAAUGGGAUUCGAUCCCACGAAAACGGUGUUUGUCCUGGCAAUCCAAGUGUUAUUGAAGAUGAGUAAACCAAAGCUGGAAUCAAAAUUGGAGUUUUAUAAGAGGUGGGGUUGGUCAAAGGACAUGGCCCUCGCAGCAUUUAAAAGGUUUCCAAAUUGUAUGCAAUCUUCAGAAGAGAAGAUCACAAAAACAAUGGAUUUCCUUGUGAACAAAAUUGGUUGGCCAUCAGCAAAUAUUGCUACAUAUCCUUCUGUUAUAAAUUUAAGCUUGGAAAAGAGAAUUAUCCCUCGGUGUUCGGUUGUUCAAAUUUUGCUAGCCAAGGUUUUAGUUAAAAAUAACUUGGCCCUGGGGACUUUCUUGCGACCGACUGAGAGGAUCUUUUUGGAGCAGUUUGUGAUCAGAUUUCAGGAUGAUGUUCCUGAAUUAUUGAAUGUAUAUCAGGAUAAGAUGUCUUCUGGAUGUAGGAUUUCAGUCUGA